AUGACCCUUCCAAUUCCGUUCGUCAGCGAAAAUUCUAGGACCCUAGACAUAAAAGCGUUUUGCGAAAUGCGUCCUGGGCUCCUUGGUUGGGUUAUUAUGAAUCUUUCAAACAUUGCUCACCAGUAUAAGGUGAACGGGACCAUUACUUCUUCAAUCAUUCUCAUCACUGCCUUCCAGGCCUGGUAUGUGUUUGAUGCACUUUAUAUGGAACCAGCAAUCCUCACAACCAUCGACAUUAUCCUAGAUGGAUUCGGGUUCAUGUUGUCAUUUGGAGACCUAGUCUGGGUUCCAUUUAUCUACUCAUUGCAAACAAGAUACCUCGCCAUGUACCCCCUUCAGCUCAGCCCCGUCAAUGUUGCCUUGAUCCUAGGCGCACAGGGCGUUGGGUAUUCCAUUUUCCGCGGCGCAAACAAUCAGAAGAAUAGGUUCAGGACCGACCCUAACGACCCACGCAUCAGGCAUAUCCAAUACAUCGAGACACGUAGCGGAUCGAGACUUAUGACCUCUGGAUGGUGGGGAAUGGCCCGUCAUGUCAACUACCUAGGAGACUGGAUUAUGGCCUGGACCUACUGUCUUCCAACUGGCAUGGCCGGCUUUGUCAUGAUGGAAACCCUCAACACCGUAACCGGUAUGACGGAAAAGCGCGCUGUCCAAACGCCGGAGACACGCGGAUGGGGAAUGGCUAUAACGUACUUCUACGUUGUUUACUUUGGAGUUCUGCUCGUUCACCGUGAGAGACGUGAUGAGGAUAAGUGCAAGAGAAAAUAUGGCGAGGACUGGGCUAAAUAUACUGCGAAGGUCAAGAGCAGAAUUAUUCCAGGUAUCUAUUGA